CAAAACGAUCUUAGUGGUUUCUACAGACAUCUUCUCAACCAGACUGUAGGAGAGGAAGCCAUCCCGGAUCGCUCGGCUAACAAAAGUCUAAAGUCAGAAGAUGGAGGGAUCCUAGAAACAUCUCAAACGAGUCAUGAAAUCACACCAACUGACGGAGAACCACAUGAGGAAAAGCACAGCAAGAGCUCCUCCUCGCAUUCCAAACGCCAUUAUAGACGCAGGUCACCAGCCUCCGGUAGUGACGACGAGCGGGAGAGGAAGAAAGAGCCAGAGAAGGAUGAGCAACGCAGCGGGAGGAGAGACCGCGACAAAGACGGCCAAAGUCACAGACGUCGAGAUGAGCCGAGGGAAAAAGGUGACAGGAGGAAGUCUGAGGAAGAUAAAGGGCGAGAGGAAGAGGUGCAGGGGAAAGAUAAAGGCGAAGCAGCUGGAGAAGAAAAGGAUGAAGGUGAGAAGGAAGAAGGUGAGAAGGAAGGCCAAACAGAGGAGACCAAGGUCAAUAAGUUUGCAAAGCGUUCCAAUGAGCAGACGUUGAGCUCGGCCAGGGAUCGAUACCUCGCUCGCCAGAUGGCUCGCUCGACCUCCAAGAGCUACAUUGAGCGGGAAGAAGACUGACACAACAGAUUAUUAACUGCAGAAAAUAUAAAUAAAGAGGCAAAGUCAAAAAGAAAA